AUGAAGAGCAAGUCCUCCUCCUCCUCAUCACCAUCACCACCAUCAUCUCCAUCAUCAUCAUCAUCAUCAUCAUCAUCAUCAUCAUCAUCGCCAUCGCCCCGAAUCGUAGUGUGUUCUCCUGGGCCGGUGAUCGUAGGUGCAGGUCCGUCAGGGCUUGCUACAGCCGCAUCCCUCCAAUUAAAAGGUGUACCAAGUGUGAUCCUAGAGAGAUCCAAUUGCAUAGCCUCCUUGUGGCAGCUCAAGACCUACGAUCGCCUUCGACUUCACUUGCCAAAGCAAUUUUGUGAGCUACCCUUCAUGCCUUUUCCCAAUGAUUUCCCCACUUACCCUACAAAGCAGCAAUUCAUUCAGUACCUUGAAGAUUAUGCUACCAAGUUCGAAAUUAGGCCACGGUUCAAUGAGGCUGUGGCCAGUGCUGAGUUUGAUUCCAAGCUCGGGUUUUGGCGCGUGAGGACCACCGGAGCCAAGGACGGCGAUGAGACGGAGUAUGUGUGUCGGUGGUUGAUUGCUGCUACGGGUGAGAAUGCCGAGGCGGUGGUUCCUAAGCUUGAGGGAAUGGCUGAGUUUGAAGGGCUUAUUAGGCACACAAGUUUGUACAAAAGUGGUGAAGAGUUUAGAGGGAAGAAAGUUUUGGUUGUUGGUUGUGGAAAUUCAGGCAUGGAGGUGUGUUUAGAUCUAUGCAAUCAUAAUGCAAGGCCUUCUCUUGUGGUUAGAGAUACAGUACAUGUCUUACCGAGAGAGAUGCUUGGAAAAUCAACUUUUGGGCUGUCCAUGUUGUUGCUCAAGUGGCUGCCUAUAAGGCUGGUAGAUCGCCUCUUGCUGGUUGUGUCUCGGCUACUUCUCGGCAACACCUCCCGACUCGGAUUGGACCGCCCGAAAUUAGGUCCCUUGGAGCUCAAGAACUUGUCUGGAAAGACACCGGUCUUAGACGUUGGUACACUGGCCAAGAUCGAAAGUGGAGACAUUGAGGUACGUCCAGCUAUCAAGAGGCUAAAAUGUAAUGCUAUAGAAUUUAUCAAUGGACGGACGGAGAACUUUGAUGCCAUUGUCUUAGCAACAGGUUACAGAAGCAAUGUACCCAUUUGGCUAAAGGAGGGAGAUAUGUUUUCAAAGGAAGAUGGGUUGCCUAGAAGGCCAUUUCCAAAUGGCUGGAAAGGUGAAUGUGGGUUGUAUGCUGUGGGGUUCACCAAACGCGGAAUACUUGGUGCCACAAUGGAUGCCAAAAGAAUUGCCGAGGACAUUGAACGGUGUUGGAAAGCUGAGGCAAAGCAUUGUACUCCCUUUAAAGGUUCACUUUUUCCACUUUCAUCAUCAUCAUCACCAUGA